UUAUAAUGAUAAUAAUGAUGAUAAUAAUAAUGAAACAAAACAUUUAUCAUCAUCAUCAUCAUCAUCAAAGCUAUUAUUACGAUCAAAAUUUUUUCGUGCCAAUGAUUUUUCCGGAUCUUGGAAUACGAUCCAUAACAAUAAUGAACAACAACAAAAACAACAGCAACAAUUUUCGCUCAAAGAUUUCAAUGCUCAUCAUCAGCAACCAACAGAACAACAAUCAAGUAGCUCAAUAAUAACAACAACAACAGCAAUGAUUAAUCUAAAUUUUGUGCCAUCAAAAUCAGAAUUUCUACCACAACAGCCUGAAACAUAUCAAAAUCUUGGUUCAGAAUUUAAUCUUGUUGAAUAUUUAUCAAAAAAAGCUAUUCAACCAAAUAUGGAUCCAUAUGUAAAAAAUAAAUUUAAUCAAAAAGCAAGUGAUUCAUUACCACCAGAUCGUUCAAUCAUUGAUACAAGACAUUAUCAUUGUCAACAAAAACAUUAUAAUUUAGAUGAAUUACCACCGACAUCGAUAAUAAUUACUUAUCAUAAUGAAGCACGAUCAACAUUAUUACGUACAAUUGUUUCGGUAUUAAAUCGUUCACCAUCAAAAUUAAUUACAGAAAUUAUAUUAGUUGAUGAUUUUAGUGAUGAUCCAACCGAUGGUUAUGAAUUGAAAAAAAUACCAAAAGUUCGUCUAAUACGUAAUACAAAACGUGAAGGUUUAGUACGAUCAAGAAUACGUGGUGCUGAUGCUGCUCGCGGACCAAUAUUAACAUUUUUAGAUAGUCAUUGUGAAUGUAAUCAACAAUGGUUAGAACCAUUAUUGGAACGUGUUAAACAGAAUCCAUUACUAGUCGUAUCGCCUGUGAUAGAUGUAAUUGCAUUAGAUGAUUUUCGUUAUAUUGCUGCAUCAAUGGAUCUUCGUGGUGGUUUUGAUUGGAAUCUAAUAUUUAAAUGGGAAAUAUUACCUACAGCAAUUCAUCAGAAACGUUUACAAGAUCAAACAUUACCAAUCAAAACACCAAUGAUUGCCGGAGGCUUAUUCUCAAUAAAUAAAACUACAUUCGAUUAUUAUGGAAAAUAUGAUCCACAAAUGAAUAUUUGGGGUGGUGAAAAUCUUGAAAUAUCAUUUCGUAUGUGGCUAUGUGCUGAUGGUUUGGAAAUUAUUCCCUGUAGUCAUGUUGGUCAUGUUUUUCGUAAACAACAUCCAUAUGAUUUUCCCGGCGGUAGCGGUGUUGUAUUUGUACAUAAUACCCGACGUGCAGCUGAAGUUUGGAUGGAUGAUUAUAAAAAAUUAUAUUAUAAUGCAAAUCCACCUGCACAAUAUGUAUCAUAUGGUGAUAUUAGUGAACGAUUAACAUUACGACAAAAACUUCAUUGUAAAUCAUUUGAUUGGUAUAUGAAAAAUGUUUAUCCCGAAUUGAAAAUACCCGAUGGUAUAAUGAUGAUAAUGAAUAAUCGAUUAGAUGAUAGUAUAUUAGCCAAACAUGGUGCAUUAAGACAAAUCGAUCAAUGUCUUGAUACAAUGGGUCAAUCAAAUUUAGGUCAUUUAUCAUUAUAUCAAUGUCAUGGACAAGGUGAAAAUCAAGAUUGGUCAUUUACUAUUGAUAAUCUAAUCAAACAUGAUGAUCAUCUUUGUAUUACUGUAACUGGAUUUGAACCAUCAAGAUCUGUUGUAUUAUCUGAAUGUGUUGGUGAUGAUUCACAGAAAUGGGUCUGGGCAUUUGAUCGUCAUUUGAAAUUAUUAUCACAUAAUCUUUGUUUAGAUUCACGUUUUGUACGACAAACUGGUAUUAUUGUAGAUCAAUGUAAUGCUGGUAGUUCAACACAACAAUGGCGUUUUGAUCAACCAUCAUCAUCGUGAACAUCAUUAUCUUUUGAUUGUAUAAGUGUGUGUGUGUGCAUACGCAUCACGUUGAUCAUCAUUAUCACAUCAAAUUGAAUCAAAAAUUGGAAGCAAUGAA